AUGCAUUUCUUGACUCUUUCCUUCCGGUGUGAUGAGAUUCAAGAUUGUACUGGUGACUUAUUACAUAUGUUUGCGGCAUCUCUUUACUUUUGGAGAAGUGCUGGACGACGCACGAGCCCAAAUUGCGCGCACAUGACUGAGAUAACCUUUCAUGACCUCAUUCCUCAGAUUGAUAGCAGUGUUCUGAUUGGUGCCAGUACGAGAACUGCAUGUGCUCAACUGUUGACAGUGCUGGCACUUAAAGCGCCGCAGCUGCUUAUGGACCACCCCGCUCAAUGCGAUAAAUUUUUCAAUGCACCCAUCGCCGGAAUUAGGGAUCGCAACUCAUUUUUCUUUCGGCGCUUGGUGAAAGCUUUAUUGAAGGACUUGUUGGGAGAAGAUGGGAAGUGGCAGCCCGAAGGUCCAAGGUACAGAUUCAUGUGUUAUGAUCACAAUUUUCUUUCCAUCCCAAUCAUCGGAGGAGAAGAAGCAUCCAAAAAGCGCAAUAAGGAAUGA